UCUUUUCGAGGCGUACCCGGAAGAUAACGCGCUCUUUACGUUGGAGGGAGAUUUGAGAAGCGCAUGGAGGACGGCCUUUUUUUCUCUUAUCUGUUUUUUUACAAAUAUUAUUUACGACCAGAAUGGAGUCAGAGAACGACAUAAAAACGACACCCAGAGGUUUUCACUGUGUCUUGUGCAAAGUCAACUUGCCAAACCAACCAAGUGUGGAUCAGCAUAUCAAAGGACGGAAACACCAGACAUUGAACAAUGUGCGAACCACCAGGAAGACCCAGGAGGAGCACAGCGUUUUUGUCAGCGGCAUCAAACCUGACAUCUCUCACACUGAUCUGACUGAGUAUUUUCAACAAUUUGGCCCAGUCUCGGAUGUCAUCAUGGACAAAGACAAGGGCGUGUUUGCCAUUGUGCAGUUCAGUGAGACGGAGAGCAUUCAAGCAGCCUUGGCCUGUGUAGAGCACCGAAUGAAAGGCCUGAAUCUGCGUGUCAAGCCCAGAGAGAAGAAGGACUUCAAGUACAUUCCCAAAAAGAAGAACGACUUGGAGAACCUCCAGCAAGUUCUGGACCGCCUAAAACCCCAACUGUGUCAGCUUUCCUCUGUGAAUACUCAGAUGCAGUUCGUUAUGGAGCGUUUCCAGCUUGGAGAAAAUGAACAGAAAUCCCGCAGCUUGUUGGUGCUACUCUUGCAGGAGGUCUUUGUGGAGUUUUUUCCAGACAGCCAAAUUCUGCCAUUUGGCUCAUCCGUUAACACAUUUGGCAUCCAUUCCUGCGACCUGGACCUGUUUCUAGACUUGGAGAACACCAAGGUUUUCCAGGCCCGAGCCAAGUGUCCCUCAGAGCAGGCAACUGAGGCCAUGUCAGAUGACGGCCGCUCCGAGGACUCCAUCCUGUCUGAUAUCGACCUGUCCACUGCUUCUCCCGCCGAGGUUCUGGACCUCGUGGCGGCCAUCCUGAGAAGGUGUGUGCCCAGCGUGCACAAAGUCCAUGUGGUCAGCAGCGCUCGUCUCCCAGUGGUGAAGUUCCAUCACCGUGAGCUCAACCUGCAGGGAGACAUCACCAUCAACAACAGACUCGCGGUAAGGAACACCCGUUUCCUCCAGCUCUGCUCCGGUACAGAAGACAGACUGAGGCCUCUAGUGUACACCAUCCGCUACUGGGCCAAACAGAAACAACUCGCAGGUAACCCCAGUGGCGCCGGCCCACUGCUGAACAACUACGCUUUAACGCUGCUCGUCGUCUUUUUCCUGCAAAACUGUGAGCCUCCCGUUCUCCCCACGGUGGACCAGCUCAAAGACUUGGCCUGUGAAGAAGAGGAGUGCGUGAUUGAAGGUUGGAACUGCACCUUCCCCAGUCAACCCAUUGCUGUGCCACCGAGCGGAAACACACAAGAUUUAUGCACUCUGCUCGCUGCUUUCUUCUCCUUCUAUGCCAAGUUUGAUUUUGCCAGCAGUGUCAUAUCUCUAAGGGGGGGGCAUGCACUCCCAAUUACAGAUUUCCUCUGCCAGAGGGAAAAAACAGAGGCCACAGAUGAGCAGAAACCCAGCAAGCCCAAUCAAAGUGGACCAAAACUUGGACCCCUCAACAUUUUGGACCCUUUUGAGCUUUCUCACAACGUAGCAGGCAACCUGAACGAGCGCUCUCAGAGAUGUUUCCAGAAGGAGUGUCAGGAGGCUGAGAAGUACUGCAGGAGCCUGCAGUACCUGCGCAAGUCCACCAAGGGGAAGUCCUGGGGGCUGGUGCGCUUGUUCACCCCGCACGGCGCCACACAGACCAAACCAGAGGAGCUGACCAUCAGCAUUCCUUUCAAAUCGGCUGCGCUCCCGGCGGCCCUCCGCAGUCGGCUGCACACGGCAGGAGAUGGUUUCCGUCUGCUGUGGUUUGAGAAGGUGUGCACCUGUGUGGAACGAGUGUUUCGGAGCAUUCUCCGAUGUCACCUUGCUUCUUCCAUGGAUUUCGCCCUCGCAAAGGAGUCGGCUGCGGAUUUAUCUGCCGAAAUGGAAACCAGCGCAUCCUCCCUCAACACGUCGGCCAACGACAGCCAUGACAGUGUCGAGUCCACCGAGGGCACAGCUGCCGCUGGCAUCAAGCGACGACUGUCUUCUGGCAGCGAUGCUUCGGUUUCCCCUCAAGGCAAAAAGCCACGGAUAUCCAAAAGGGGCAAAUGUGAGCCCCCCCAUUGGCUGUGGGUGCAGAAACACCUUGUGUGGGCCGGCAGGAGGAAAGUGAGACGUGAACUCAUCAAGGAGACGGACUCCAGGCCCGAGGGCAGCUGCAUGGAGAUGGAGUCCCAGGUCACGGCGCACAUCAUCCAGAAGGAACCGGAGCUGAAGAACCCGCUGGAGUUCAAGGUUCAGCCCCAGAUGGUGGGGGGCACCGAAAGCAUGAAGGCGGUGUUGAGGUUGGAACCAUGCUGCGACACAGCUGGAGUCUUUCAAGACUUUUUUCAUUUCCUGGAAGCUUUCCUCCCCAAGAUGGUGGAGACACUGCUGGAGAAAGAAGAGGAUGGAACCUAAAACAGGCCACCGUUUCGAUUUAAAGAUGUCUUUGUUUUGAGUCCGCAUGAAAGAAAGAAAGAGUGAAAGAACCGUCCAGAGGAGCAGGAGCUGCUGAGGCUUUGUAUUGACCAGCCAGUUAGCUUAGCCAGGAUAUUUUAGUUGAUCAUUUAUUGUUUGAGGUUAGCCAACUAUUAUGUUUAAGACGUGGCUUGAUUUUUAGUACAUUUAUGUUGAAGGAAUCAGUGAUGCUCUUAUGGACAAAUCAUGUGAUUCGGUCAUCAAAAAUAAUUAAUAAAUAUUUAAAAAAAAAUGUUACUAGUCGUUGUAUUUUCAACGGUCGACAUGGCAGCCGAUGACUCUUUUUUUAUCCAAUCAGCUGUCUGCUCAUGCAACACAGACAAAUGACAGCAAUUACUCACUCAGACAGACGCUUUUAUUGCAGCCGGUCAGGCCGCAGGUGAGGGAUGCUCGAUGCUCAGUGCUCCACUGUGCUGAUUAACGUCAUUCAUCUCCCCUUUUUACGUAGACGAAGCAGGAUAAUUGGACUUCUGUUCCUAUUAAGUACACUCGUUUGUGCUUAAUUGGAUCUGUGAUGAAGAAAACUAAUACUACAAUAACAAAGUCAAUACAGGAGACCUUCCAAAAAAAAAAAAUUGAAUCUUCCGGGUCCGGAAGCAGCAAAACAGCCCCAGACCAUGAUACUACCACCACCAUAUUUUACUGUCGGCAUUUCUUUUACGCUAAAUGCACUUCAACAUUUGUCUCGUCAGACCACAGAGUAUUUUCCCAAAGUUCUUGGGAAUCAUCAAGUGUGGCAUCAUGUACAAAAACAUGUACAAAUUGUAAUCACCAUCCAUGGGUCCACCAGGGUCGCGGGAGGUUAGCUAAUGUCUUCAAGAUAUUUACAUCAAAAUCAUCUAUUUAUAAAAUGGAUUUAGGCAUUUUAGCCUAAAAAUAAUAUAUUUUGAAAUAAACAAAAGACUAAGAUCACUUAAAACAACAAAGUUGCCUUUUACUCACUAUCUGAACAACACUUUUUGGACAUUGGCUUUGUAAGUCUUCAGGAGGUUUGCCACCAGCCGCUUAUAAUUAUUUGCCUUGUAGCUUCCAAGCAACUUUAUUUCUGCUACCAUUAAUUUGUACUUCUGACUUGUUUGGGUAAGUAAAGCUUAUUCUGAUAAUUAAUGUACGUAUAUACCGUAUAAUAAAUGGUGUUAUUAGACAAAGAAUGGCUGCUAGUCUGUUGCAUUUGGAAAGUUCCAUCACAUAAAAUUACAACUUUUUUUUUUCCCAAAUAUAAAUAUUGUUUCCGGUUUCCCUUCAUAAAACCAAGUUUGUCAUUUCUCUGUUGAUAUUCUCCUUGUAGCAAGUGUCACUUUUAAACAUCCGCUUUCCCCUGCGUUAUCCUUCCGGCUACUUUGAUAUUACCUUUCCGUUUCUUUAAAGCCACUAUUGAUGUAUGAGCACAGUCUCGCACCUCUGAGCCACAGAAUCAAAGUGAUUGAUACCAAAUUAUGAAUGUUUGCUUCCAGGUGUCCCAAAAACAAGGAAGCGGACUCAGGAAGCGAUGUUCAUCUAAGCACAGUUUGGUUGUCAAUUGUAAAUUGAUGACCAAGUUGUGAUGCAUGUAUUCUACUAAUUAACAGAAUCAAACUGGAAAGAAGAAAUCAGUUUGUUUACGUUGUGACGUUGAUGCCUGCUAAUGGGUAACAUUGGUCAAGUGUUGCAGAUCGAGAGACCCAUGAUGGUAGUAGGGUUAUGGCGCAUAACAAACACGGGUGCAUUUUAUUGUUGACAUUUUGAAUGCACAUAGAUACCUUGACAAGAUCCUGCGAGGGGGGGCAUGUUGCAAGGAUCUGUACACAAUCCCUUGAUGGUGAAAACGUGGGUUCCUGCAAACGGUAGUCUCAUCAGGUACUGACUGGUUUAUUCAGGUAUUGAUGAUCCAGCGUCUGGUAUACUAUAUCGGGGGUUUGGUAUCUUGCUCAAGUACGCUUUGACAGGACAACAGGGGAACAGUCACUUCCUGAUUCAUGAACAGACUCUUGUAGCGAAGUCCCCAAAUCAAAUCAUCAACCUUUUUCCUGGUCACCGGCGCCAUCCAUCAGAGUUACCUGAAGCUGCCGGCUCACUCAUAAAAGCGAAGCUAUUGUGGCGCUGAUGCUGUAAUUGGCCCACUCUGCGUGCUCUCCCCAGAACAGAUAAAUGGUUCUUAGCGAGGAGCAGGCUUUGAGUAGAGGCUGGUCCUCUUGGGACGGGAGAAUCGCAUGAGACGCUGCUGUUUUGGAAAACACAUGACGUGUACGUUGUAUGUCCAUGCCAGUAAAUAGUCAGCGUCCGGGGGUUUGGGGGGGUUGACUAGCUUGGCCGCCAGCGGUCGCUCCACAGACACUCGGUGGAGCCAUUUCCAGCACAUGCAGUAUAUGGUCAUGAAUUAUCCUCAGUCUCCUGCUUUGUUUUGCGCUGACCUGAGCAAACAGCACAAGCAGCACUUAGUUCACGUUAGCGACUCCCUGACUGAGAUAAAUCUAAAUGAAAAUGCAUCAUCAUUUCCCCCGUUCUGUGCUUUUGACAGGAAGGAAUCAGGCUCUCCCGCAGGAGAUUGCUCUUACUGUGCACCAUGCAUGUGUGUUUAAUCUCUUGCUUGUGUUUGAACUGGGCACCGGUGUGUGUCAUGCAAAUAGAUGAUUCUGCUGUGGAACUCUGUAGAACGUGGUCAGGGUGGUACAGCGGCAAAAAGUUGGUGAAGUAAAGUUCUCCCAUUAGGAUCUCACGCACGUCUCCAUAGGAGGGCUUUAACUGAGCGCUAGCAGCCUGUGAAAGGAUAUCCUCUUCUCUUAUCUGGAGCUGCUCACAUACAAACACCGUGGACAGAUAAUGACUUUGUCCUGUGCACAUCAUUGUCUCUUGUCAUUGACUUUUAUAGCCCGGUAGAGUCAACGCCGAGAUUACUCAGGUAGAAUUAACAAAAUGUUCCGGAAAAGCCACCGUUAGCUGCUGGAAACUGCAAACCGACUGAAAAAUAAAUUAAAUUAAAUUAAAAAUAAAAAAAAACAUGUAUGGUCAUAUCACCUCAUACUUCGGUACGUGACAAAAAAAUAAUUAAAAAUAAAAAAAACAUGUAUGGUCAUAUCACCUCAUACUUCGGUACGUGACAAAAAUAAAAUAAAAAAUAAAUAAAAUUAAAGUAAAAAUUAAAAAAACAUGUAUGGUCAUAUCACCUCGUACUUCGGUAUGUGACAAAAAUAAAAUAAAAUAAAAAUAAAAUAAAAAAAUAAAAAAAACAUAUGGUCAUAUCACCUCGUACUUCGGUACGUGACAAAAAUAAAAUUAAAAAAAUAUAUAAUAGGAAAGCAGGAAGUGAACAAAUGUAACAGUUACUGAUUGUAAAAGUACCAGAUGGAGGGGUAGGAUUUAAUAAGCUUUGCUUCUUCCUACUCCUUUUGGACAUGUGGAACUGGGAACUGAUUAUGGGAUGCAUUCAAUUGUAAUCUGAUGCAUGUUCAAAUGAAAUAAAUUCAUUACCAAUUACCGUAUUUUCUGGACUAUAAGUCACUCCGGAAUAUAAGGCCAAAAAUGCAUAAUUAUGUAGAAAAAAAACAUACAUAAGUCGCACUGGAUUAGUAUAAGUAUAAAUUUUUUGCGGGUAAUUUAUUUUCCAAACUACUUGACCAAAACAGACAUUACGUCCUCUUGGAAGGCAAGCUCUAAGGAACAGCCAACCUAUGAAAAAAAGUGUGACUUACAGUCCGGAAAAUACGGUAUUUAUUUAUUACUUUUUGAACUCAUCAUUUUAUUUUUAGAUCCCAUUUUGCCGGCCAUUAAGAAAACAAUAUAAAAAAAACAUAUUUUGAAUGAAUGAUGGUGCAAUAAUUGCUGAGAGAUGGUCAGAGCAAUCAAUGUAAUCUUCCAAUCCACUUCCAGCCUUUUACGGCAGGCUCGUAUACACUUUGAACUGCUUGUUUAUUGCCAUGCAGGAGGUCCACAGAGGAUGUCAGUGGGGAUUUAUGCCCAAAUCAAGUUGUGUUUUUGACAAGAGCUUGGGGACGAGCAAAUGAAAAACCACCAUUCUAUAAACAGCUCAUGACUGGAGCAGUCCCGACGUCCCGGGGGGGGGCCCUACUAGGGCAACAUAUGUCCUGGUGUACAUAUCUUACAAUCAUAGACCCCCUUGCCUGAGCCAGCAUCUCUCACCUUGCACGCCUGCUCAAGCAUAAAUGUAUCAUUUAAAACACUAUUUAUAAACCUCAUAUACAUACGUAGAUGUAUUUUUUACAAAAUACAUAAUUAAGGAUACUAUAUAGGAAAUAAAUUAAAGGCUGAGCAAGUAAAUAUAAGGAGCUACACAAUUUUACAGAAUUAAAGUUGUAAUAUUAUAAUAAACAAGAUCUCAUAUCUUAUCAAAAUUCACUUAAAUAAUUUUAAUAUAAUUUUUACCCCCUCCAAAUACAUAAUCAGCUCAGUAGUACACUGAAAAAAAGCUUUGUUGAAUGAAUGUAGUUUUGUGG